AUGGCAACAGCCGAUCCUCGCGACGUGGACGAGUUCGACGCGGACAAAGUUCUCCGAUUCUUUGAGGACAUGAAGAAUGGCAGGGGACGACCAAAGUGGACAAACCCUGAUAAAGAAGCCUGGAUUACUCCGAUGGAGAGGCGCUGGAGCGAGAAAAAACCUCAAUUGGCCAACUGGAGGGAAAGCAUCUCCUCUCUCGAGGAGCACGACGAGAUGCCGAAUCCUGAGAAUUUAUGGGAUCCUACGUCAAACCCCGACGUUGAUUACGAAGACGGUCCGGAUAAAUGCGUUGACGAGGAUGGGUUCUGGGGCGUCCACCCUUGCUCCAAACCUCAAGGCAACGACACCAUGCAAAUAGAUGACGACGAGGAUUAUGACGACGAUGACAAUGGCGAGUCAUCCGAUCAAGAAGACGACGGGACGAGCUCACAGUCGAGUGAAGAGUCGAUGCAGUCGCUUGCAAGCAGCGAUUACACCGUCGAAAACUUCCCCCAUCUUGCCGGAGUGGGCUUGGAGCUCGUGCGCCGAAUCGAGGGGACUGCUUGUAUAUCUGCCGACUGUCUGCCGCCGACAAUUCCUGGAUAUCUGGAGCUGCCUAUGCCCUCGCUAGAGGAGAAUGACACAGACCGAGAGCUUGAACAAUAUUAUCUGGGUAUACUGCGCGAGGCUGCCUGGCGCCCUGCAUAUAUGCCGGGGAGCUUCCGGGCCACGUGUGGGCGACAGCGCAAGGGCUACGGAAUAUACCCGAGCUGUGUCCUUAGUUACGGGGAUAUCGCUUGCGACUGCAUUAUCAUGGCCGAUAACCCACUCUGGGCAUGGAUUCGGCCCGACGCCGUGGAACCCAAAGGCUGGAUGGCAUUGAAAGAGCAGGUUCGAGAUCUGAUCAACUUUAGCGUGUGGCAGUACCGCGCCCGCGGCUGUAAGGUUGCCGCAGAGGAGACUCGAGACCUGGAAAAGGAAGUUGGUGUUGACGUGGGCGAUCCCCCUCUACCACCCGAAUACUACGACGACUUUCCCGAGAACUAUCUCCGUAGAGGUUAUCAGACCUUCAUGUACGGCAGGAGCGCCUGUGUCAAAAACAAACCUUCCACUCGAUUUAAGCUCGAGCUCGACGUAUCCGAGGGGCUGGCGACUAGACAAGCCGAGUAUAUGGUGUACAUCACGCACUGUUUCCACGUCAAGGCUCGCGCUGUUCGCACGACGCAGCCUGGCGCCAUGCGGGCCUUUGAGGAAGCGCUGGCUGCGGGAAUCUUGGACAACCCGGAAGAAGAGCGCCGCAACGACAUUCUUCGCAAGUACUGGCAAGCCACCAAGGACUGGAGAAAAGCCAGCCUGGAAUUACUGCCGUGGUGGUAUCGCGAGAAGUGGGCCGGAAGGACGCUGAAGAAACUCAAGGAGUACUCACGGCGUGAGAGACAGAGACUUGAUAUGGAGGAGCAGGGCAAAAAGAAGAAAACCGAGGAGGAGGAGGAGAAAUGGAGCAAAAAGAGGAAAGCCGAAGAGGAGGUGGAGGAGGAAGGCAUACCAGAGACGACCAAACGAUUCCGCGCAGCCUCUGGAAAAGCAAUCACCAUGCCGUCCAGCGAUCCUUCAAAGCCAACGGGCAUAGACGACCUCUCCAUGAGCACCCCGAUUCAGAUGCCAAUUCGCACCUUGAAGCCUACCUCGACGCGCUGGAGAGACCGCGUCUAG